UCGUCAGUCAGUCUGAGUGACUCAGUCAGUUGUAGUAGUCACGGGGUCAUAACGUAGGCAGCGUGUUCCUGGUUAAACUCAACAUUUUCCCCGAAAAAAUCCAUUUAUUCCUAUACGUUAGUGUGAGACAUCGUCAAGGAGAACUAUUUAGUGCCCAAGUGAAGUAAAGUAGACAUUUUGAUUCGUUGUGGACGAAUAAUUGUGACGUAACUAUUCUUCUUCACAUGUGAAUAUUGACGUUUAUUUAAACGGUCGUGAGAUGAAAAUCCGCUUCAAUAAACAGAAAAUGUAUCCAGGAAAGAGAUACUCCAAAAUUGCUUAGCGAAUGACUGUAAUAUCAAAGGAAAUAAUAGUUUUUUAAAUGGUUCCUGGUCCCCUUCGUGAGUUUGUUUACAAAAUUGCAGUUUCUUAUCGGCGGUUAGUUUAGCGUUUUCUAUUUAUUGGUCCCAUCGAAGAAAACGGGUCAUCGAAAUAUGAAAGGGGUCACUUUGAUAAACUGCUGGUUGGUUUUCCUUUGUGUGAUCUCCAGGAAUGCUAAUGAGGCUGCGUCUCCGGGUAACAGAAGCUUCACCAUCGACUACGAGAACGACUGCUUCCUGAAGGAUGGCGAAACCUUCCGCUACAUAUCCGGGUCCAUCCAUUACUUCCGGGUGCUGCCUUCGGAAUGGCGCGACCGUCUGCGGAAGCUGCGGAUGGCAGGUUUCAACGCCGUCCAGACUUACGUGGAAUGGGCCAGCCACGAACCCGAGCCGGAUGCGUACGACUUCGAGGGGAUGCUGGAUGUGGAGGAAUUCAUCCGAAUAGCUCAAGAAGAAGAUUUGCUGGUCAUAUUGCGUCUUGGGCCCUACAUAGAUGCCGAGAGAGACAUGGGAGGGCUGCCCUACUGGCUGCUCAGGAAGAACAAAGACAUGAGACUGAGAACAAGUGACCCAACGUUCCUGAAGGAAGUUGACGACUGGUUCGUGAACGUGAUGUUCCCAAAAGUCAAGCCGUUGCUGUAUGCAAAUGGAGGGCCAAUCAUCAUGAUGCAGGUAGAAAAUGAAUAUGGAAGUUAUCCAGCCUGCGAUUACGCUUACACAGCCCACCUCCGCUCGCUGUAUCGCAAAGCGUUUGGAGAUUCAGUUCUGCUCUUCACGACUGAUGGAGGUGGAGUGGGCUUCUUAAAGUGCGGCAAGAUCCAAGAUGUCUUCUCUACUGUCGACUUUGGGGCUGGAGUUGACUUGGAAAAGGCAUUCGGGUCCCAGAGAUUGUUCCAGCCUCGUGGACCCUUGGUGAAUUCCGAGUAUUAUCCAGGGUGGUUGGACCACUGGGGUGACCCGCACAGUACUGUUGAUGCAAAAAAAGUUUCCCAGUUCCUCGAUGACAUGCUGUUGCUCAACGCUUCCAUAAACAUGUACAUGUUCCAUGGAGGCACCUCAUUUGGAUUCGGGGCAGGUUCUAACUUGGGCUCGAAGUUUCUCGUUUGUCCGACAUCGUACGACUACGAUGCGCCUUUGUCUGAGGCUGGGGACCCGACCGAGAAGUAUUGGAUGCUGAGAAAUGUCACUCAGAAGUAUUUACCUCUACCUCCUGGAGACGUCCCUCCACCGUCACCAAAGUACAGCUACGGGAAGGUCCAGAUGACAAUCUUGGGCAGUGUGCUACAGCUGGCAACUGUGCUUCAGUCUGUCAGUGCUACGUGGCCCCUGACAUUUGAGGAGUUGUCUGUCUCCAGUGGACUUGUUCUCUACGAGACAAUAAUUCCCUUCAGAACUCCCGACCCUGCGCGUCUCACUAUCAGCGACAUCCACGACAGAGGCUACGUCUUUGUGGACCAGCACUACGUCGGGGUGGUGUCCCGCGAGGCGAGUCUCUUCGACUUGCCCCUGCAGUCUCUGCCAAACCAGACCCUUUCGAUACUCGUGGAGAGCCAGGGACGUGUGUGCUUUGGUGCAGGUAUCAACGAUUUCAAGGGCUUGACGACAAGACCGACCCUCGAGGACCGUGAGCUGAAGAACUGGAGGAUGACUCCUAUCCCAGUCACCCACUCGAAACGGCUUUUGUCCACUCUGAGUCAUCUGACGAAAAAGUUAGUGGAACAGCCACUGGCGCGUACUGAGCUGCAGGGGACGCCUCGGGGUGGCAUGUCAUUCUACAAGGGAUCUUUUGUGAUCCCAGAUGAAGAUGAUCACCCUCAGGAUACUUUUCUUAAAUUAAACGGAUGGAGAAAGGGAAUAGUAUGGGUGAACGGUUUUAACUUGGGUCGCUACUGGCCGGAAGUCGGUCCGCAGGUGACCCUUUACGUUCCUCGAGGAAUCCUGAAAAACGGGACCAACUCUGUUCUUGUGCUGGAGCAAGAAGCUUCUCCGUGUGCCUUAACGUCAAACUGCUUUGUGACUCUCCAGGACAAACACGAGAUUGCCGGACCUACGCCUUUCUCAGAAUGAAUCGCUGGUCGAGCAAGCCUGCGGGACUGUGGCGUGAACCUCAGUCUCAGGAUGUCCUUGAUUCAGUGAGAUUGUGAAACUAGAUUCUUCCUCAGAACUUUCCAGAAGAGUUGUUGACUAAAUGAGGUUGCUGUGGUUGUAGAAGCAAACCAAUUUCAGAAAGUUUUUUUACUAAACGAGACUGUGUUAACCAGGCCUCUUUUUAUUUUUGCUGAAUAAAUCAGGUUGUGGAACCAGGCCUUUUUCAGAAGAGUUACCUAAAUGAGGUUGUGGAACCAGGCCUCUUUGGGAAAGUGUCAAUGAUCAAAUGAGUGCGCAGAACCAGGUAUAACUCGCUGGUCAGAGUGUACAGAAUCCCACAUCUAAAACAACAUUCCAGGCCACUAUAGCACAAAAUAAAGAACUCGGGGAUAUCACCAUAUCAAUUAUAUUUAGAAGUGUGGUCAUUUCUUUGUAGUAUACUUUAAAUGGAGAUGUUAUAA